CGGCAUCCGCCCUUUCCCUCCAGCCCUGACGGUGCACAGAGCCUGUCGAGCUGCCGCCCGCGCCCUCCCUCUCGCCCUCCCUCUCCCAGCCUCAGAGGAUGGGCUGCAAGAGGCUGUGGGGCAUCCCCCAGUCUUCCUGAGAGCUGGCCAAACGAAGGGAGCAGCAGCCGGAGCGGGGCUGCGUGGACGGAGCAACCAUGAACGCCCGGGUCUCCGCCUCCUCUCCUGCUGCUUCCCAAGAGCUCCUUGCUGCUGCCGAUGAACAGAGGACUAGAGUGUAAAGGGAGAAGGAGGAGGAGGAGGAGGAAGACGAAGAAGAAGAGGAGGAGGAGGAGAAGGAAGAGGCGGCGGCGAGCCGAGGCGUGAUUGGGUCGCCUUGCCCGAAGGUACAAAGGUGUCGAAGGGGGACCAGGCAAGGCUCUAUCCAAACAUGUCCUCGUCUCCUUCUCCUUCUCCUUUUCCUUCGCUGGGGCCCCGCGGCCCUCGGCCCCCCGCCGUGCCUCCUCCCAUGCAGGAGCUGCCUGACCUGAGCCACCUGACAGAAGAGGAGCGGAACAUCAUUAUGGCUGUGAUGGACCGCCAGAAAGAAGAGGAGGAGAAAGAGGAGGCCAUGCUCAAAAGAUUACACCAACAAUUUGAAAGUUACAAAGAGCAAGUACGAAAAAUAGGUGAGGAAUCCCGCCGUUACCAAGGAGAACACAAGGAUGAUGCGCCCACGUGUGGGAUCUGUCACAAAACUAAGUUUGCUGAUGGUUGUGGCCAUUUAUGCUCUUACUGCCGGACAAAGUUUUGUGCCAGAUGUGGAGGCCGUGUUUCCCUACGAUCAAACAAUUACAGGAAUAAUGUAUCUGCUAGCCACGGACCACUGUUGGAAGGGCCAGAGACAGUUAUGUGGGUAUGCAACUUAUGCCGGAAGCAACAAGAGAUCCUAACUAAAUCUGGAGCAUGGUUUUUCGGAAGUGGUCCUCAACAGCCAUCCAGUCAGGAUGGAACACUGAGUGAUACAGCUACUGGUGGUGGUUCAGAAUCACCCAGAGAAAAGAAAGCAAGGCUUCAGGAACGGUCACGAUCUCAAAUACCCCUAAGCACAGCAGCCACAACUUCACAAGAAGUAUCCUCUGGUGUGCAAGCAAGCAGAAGGAAAACCCCAGAAGUGUCACAACAAGCUAUGGGCCUGGAACAGAAACAAACUGCAUCAAGAUCUAGAAGUGAACCCCCAAGAGAGAGGAAGAAGAUACCCACAGGUUUUGAACAAAAUGGAAAAGUAGGUGCAAAAGGUGAGCGCAAACGUGUGCCAAAAUGUUCACUAAAGCAGAGUGAAGGACAAACAGAUGAGAAGGGAAGUAAAGAAAGGCGUGAUGGUAGAAGAUUAGAGAAAGGGAGGUCUCAAGACUACUCUGACUUCCCUCCCCAUUUUGAGGAAGGCAAGACAGUUAAUGAAGAAAAACAAAGGAAAGAAGAUGAAUAUACCCGAUAUAGGAGCGAUCCAAAUCUUGCAAGGUAUCCUGUGAAACCCCAUCCUGAGGAGCAGCAGAUGCGUAUGCAUGCAAAAGUUUCAAAAGUGCGGCAUGAAAGAAGACACAGCGAUGUUGCCUUGCCUCAUACUGAAGUUGAGGAACCUGAGGUGCCUGAGAAUAAACUUGGAAAGCAUUCACAGUUGCAAGGAGCUCAGGAUAUAAAAUCUCAUGUGGAUGCCCAGAGGACAUAUUCAAUAGAAAGAACAGGUGAUGUCAGAAUUUCUGUUUCUAAACAAUUAAUUUCUCAUAGCCCACCAACACCCCGUCAUAGCAUGAUUCUUACAGAACAUUUAGAUUCCAAAAAUCAUGAUUCCUUUAAAACACAGACUCGCCUAGAUCCUAGCUCUGCUAUUCUCAGCCGGAAAGCAAAGCGAGAGAAAAUGGAAACCAUGCUAAGAAAUGAUUCCCUUAGUUCUGAUCAGUCAGAAUCAGUGCGACCAUCUCCUCCAAAGCCUCAUAGAUCAAAGCGUGGUGGGAAAAAAAGGCAGAUGUCAGUCAGCAGCUCGGAAGAAGAAGGAGCAUCAACGCCAGAAUAUACCAGCUGUGAUGAUGUAGAAAUAGAAAGUGAAAGUGUCAGUGAAAAAGGUGACUUGGAUUAUUACUGGUUGGAUCCUGCCACAUGGCACAGUAGAGAUACAUCCCCUAUUAGCUCGCAUCCUGUAACUUGGCAACCGUCUAAAGAAGGAGAUCGGCUAAUCGGUCGUGUUAUUCUCAACAAGAGAACAACUAUGCCAAAAGAGUCAGGUGCAUUACUGGGACUCAAAGUUGUAGGAGGAAAAAUGACCGAUUUAGGACGACUUGGUGCCUUCAUUACCAAAGUAAAGAAAGGUAGCUUGGCUGAUGUGGUGGGACAUCUAAGAGCAGGUGAUGAAGUUCUAGAAUGGAAUGGUAAACCACUUCCUGGAGCUACAAAUGAAGAAGUUUACAACAUUAUUUUAGAAUCCAAAUCAGAACCUCAAGUUGAAAUUAUUGUUUCAAGGCCUAUUGGUGACAUUCCAAGGAUUCCUGAGACUUCUCAUCCUCCACUAGAAUCUAGUUCUAGCUCAUUUGAAUCUCAAAAAAUGGAACGGCCUUCAAUUUCUGUUAUUUCCCCUACUAGUCCUGGAGCUUUAAAAGAUGCACCACAGGUCCUACCUGGGCAGCUCUCGAUUAAACUAUGGUAUGAUAAAGUGGGGCAUCAGUUAAUAGUGAAUGUUCUUCAAGCAACAGAUCUGCCAUCUAGGCUAGAUGGACGACCAAGAAACCCUUAUGUGAAAAUGUACUUCCUUCCAGACAGAAGUGAUAAGAGUAAAAGAAGGACAAAAACAGUAAAGAAAAGCUUAGAACCAAAAUGGAACCAAACAUUUCUCUAUUCACACGUGCACCGUAAAGAUUUUAGAGAACGAAUGUUAGAAAUUACUGUUUGGGAUCAGCCAAGAGUGCAAGAAGAAGAAAGUGACUUCCUUGGAGAGAUUCUCAUAGAGUUGGAGACUGCACUUUUAGAUGAUGAUCCACAUUGGUAUAAGCUACAGACCCAUGAUGAAUCCUCACUACCUCUGCCUCAGCCAUCACCUUUCAUGCCAAGGAGACAUGCCCAUGGUGGAGAAAAUUCCAGCAAAAAAUUACAAAGAUCUCAGCGAAUCAGUGAUAGUGACAUCUCAGAUAAUGAGGUUGAUGAUGGUAUUGGAGUAGUUCCUUCAGGCUAUAGGUCUAGCACUAGAGAGAGUAAAUCUGCAACAUUAACUGUGCCAGAACAGCAAAGAACAACUCAUCAUCGUUCACGAUCUGUAUCUCCUCACCGUGGUGACGAUCAGGGCAGGACCCGUUCUCGUUUACCAAAUGUGCCAUUACAGAGGAGUUUAGAUGAAAUUCAUCAAAUGAGAAGAUCACGUUCUCCAACUAGACACCAUAAUGCCUCCCGAAGCCCAAUUGACCGCAGACCCAGAGAUAUGGAUAAUCAGUAUUUAUCGGAUCAAGAAGGUGAGCUUCUUAUGCUGCCCAGGGCAAAACGAGGAAGAAGUGCAGAGUGCCUACAUACUACCAGAAAUUCUGUUAGGCACUAUAAAUCACUACCUCCCAAGAUGCCUUUAUUAGAGAAUGGCACUUACUGGAAUCUUUACAGCUCAACCCUGCCUGCAUAUGUUAAGGCCAAAUCAGGGCUUAGUCAGGAUAUUUCACUUCUUCCUAAUUGCCUUAACUCACAUAUAUCAAGAUUUACAGAAGGACUGUUGGUUAGUGAACUGCAGCCCUCGCUUGACAGGGCUAGGAGUGCUAGUACUAACUGCUUGAAGCCUGAUACUAGUUUGCAUUCACCAGAACAAGAAAGGCAUUCCAGAAAGGUGGAAAGAUAUAGCACUCAAAAACAGACUAGAAAAGGCUCUGCAUCAGAAACAGAAAGAAUGCGCCAGCCAGGAAGUCCCAUGCAGUCAUCUCCAGCAGAUACGCUCUUCAGCAGCCGUAGGGGGAGACAGCUUCCACAAGUCCCCGUCAGGAGUGGCAGUAUAGAGCAAGCAAAUUUAGUAGUGGAGGAGCGAACAAGACAGAUGAAAAUGAAAAUGCACCGCUAUAAUCAGACAACAGGGUGUGGUUCUAGUCAAGAACUUGAACAUGAGCAAUAUACUAAGUAUAACAUACAAACCGAUCAGUACAGAAGUUGUGAUAAUGUCUCUGCCAAAUCAUCAGAUAGUGAUGUCAGCGAUGUGUCAGCUAUUUCCCGCACCAGCAGUGCCUCUCGCCUCAGCAGCACAAGCUUUAUGUCAGAGCAAUCCGAGCAUCCAAGGGGCAGAAUCAGUACGUUUACUCCUAAAAUACAAGGCGGACGGAUGGGGUCUUCAGGGAGAAUCAUCACAAAGAGCACAAGUGUGAGUGGAGAGGUGUAUAAGCUGGAACAGAAUGAUGGGAGUCAAUCAGAUACCGCAGUUGGGACAGUUGGAACAGGUGGGAAGAAGAGAAGAUCGAGCCUUAGUGCCAAAGUGGUUGCCAUGGUAUCUCGCAGAAGCAGAAGCACAUCCCAGCUUAGCCAAACAGAGACAGGAAACAAGAAGCUAAAAAGCACGAUACAAAGAAGCACAGAGACGGGAAUGGCAGCAGAAAUGAGAAGUCGCAUGGUCCGUCAACCAAGUCGGGAAUCAACUGAUGGUAGCAUCAACAGUUACAGCUCAGAAGGAAACCUAAUAUUUCCUGGAGUUCGAUUGGGUGCUGAUAGUCAGUUCAGUGAUUUUCUAGAUGGGCUUGGACCAGCUCAGCUAGUAGGACGACAGACUUUAGCAACUCCUGCUAUGGGUGAUAUUCAGAUUGGAAUGGUGGAUAAGAAAGGCCAGUUAGAAGUGGAAGUCAUUAGAGCUCGAGGCCUAAUACAGAAGCCUGGCUCUAAAUCUACCCCAGCGCCGUAUGUCAAAGUGUAUCUGCUGGAAAAUGGGGCAUGUGUAGCUAAGAAGAAAACACGGAUUGCCAGGAAAACCCUUGAUCCUUUAUAUCAACAGACGCUGGUUUUUGAUGAAAGUUCACAUGGUAAAGUCCUUCAGGUGAUAGUAUGGGGAGAUUAUGGCCGAAUGGAUCACAAGUGUUUCAUGGGAGUUGCACAGAUCUUGCUAGAAGAACUUGAUUUGUCCAGUGUGGUAAUAGGCUGGUAUAAAUUAUUUCCACCUUCCUCCCUGGUGGAUCCAACGUUGACUCCUCUGACUCGCAGGGCUUCCCAGUCAUCUCUGGAAAGUUCAACUGGGCCUCCCUGUAUUCGAUCUUAAUGAACGUAAUAGCAGGAGUUCUCUAAGAAACUCACUAUCACUCAAGGCAAUCAGUGGGGAGGGGAAUAGCUAUGUACAACAUGAGGAACAGUUUUAAAAAGAGACAAUCAUCACAUCAGUUUUGCCUGUAGUAGUUGAUCCAAAAAUAUGUCUGAGUUGUGUAUUAAAAAGACAGCUUAAAUUGAUUGAGCAAAGCAGUAUACGAAAAUAUAGUCAAUCCAUCUAGCAAAUUGACCCUGAUGUUUAUGCUUACCAGAAUUUGAAGAGGGACUUUUGAGAUUCAGCUGGAACUAUCACUCUUCAACAGUGCCCCUGUCUCAUUUUGUUUCUCAGCAGAAACCAUAAGCAGUGUUAACUUCCUAAUAUUUCUGUAUUGUUACUUCUAUUUCUUUUUUUCUACGUUCUCCUGCCACUUUUGUAAAAAUCUUCUUGAUGCUAACAGAGACUCUUCCUUUCUUUUUCUAAAACAAAAUCAAAAAGGGCUGAAGUACAUCUCUGUAAGCAUCUCCAAAAGUGUUCAUCUGCAAUCCUGCGAUGCCAAUAGUUUUCCCACUGUCCCUCCUUUCUGGUUGUCCACAAUCUUAAUAUGUGGAGAACUAGAAUAAAUGGCCAACUUCUAGUUUACUUUUGCUUCUUAUUACACCUUGUCACAAUUUGUCAUUGUAAAAAGAGAAUAUAUUUGCAUUAUGCAUCAAGAUUUUUUUUUAUGUUUUUAAGAGUUUGCAUGGAGGAAAUACGCAGCUGCAUCUAUUGUUACAAACUUUAAAAAAAAACAAGCUUUGACUUGGCUUUGGUUUUAAUUUUAAUAUACUGGCAAUUAUUUUUGUAAAGUUGUUUUGCCGCAACUCAUGAGAAAAGUUGUUACAGUCAUAUCAUAAACAUAUAAAUUACUUCUUAAAAAUUGACCGGGAAUUGGUUGAACAUUUUAAACUUUGAGCUACAGUAUAUUUAGGCUGUUUGAAUUCUUGUGUUACUUUUGAAAAGACUUAGCUGCCCCUGUUAGAGCAUGGUAUAAAUUGUUCAAUUUUCCACUGAAAAUUCUUUUUUUAUAGUAAUUUUAUUAAAAGUUACAAUUACAACAGUAAAAACUAAUACAAACUAAAAUAAUAAAAGAAUUAAAAGAAAAAAUAGAAGGUGCAGAAAAGAAAAAAAAUAGAAAAAAAAUAAGAAUAUAGUAAAGAAAAAGAAAAGAAAUAUAUAAAGAAAUGACUUCCCCAUUCAUCACAAGUAUAAACAAUUUUAGUAACUUAUCACCUUCUCUUAAAAUACAACAAAGGAUCUCUUCUUCCCAUAUCCCAUCUCUUAUCUAUUAACAAACCCUUAAAGGCUCAUUGUUCAGUCCUGAUCAGCAAAAGUCCAUUAAAGGUUACCAUACAUAAUAACAACUAUUUUAACCUUGAUCAAAUAAACCAACUUUAUAUUCCUUCCUUUUACUUUUAACAAUCUUGAUCUUUAGUCUCUUCAAAUAAUGUCCUAGAACUUGAUUUCUUUUCAUUUUUUCUUUGUCCCUUCUCACAAAGUUCUUCAAAGCUUUAACAAGCCUCUUUUGUAAAUCCCAUAUAGGAAAGUUAUCCAAGUCACUCUCUUGGUUUGUUAUUUGUAUAUCCCUUUUAAUUAUUAAGACAUCAGCUGGUUUCAUUUGUAUGUCCAGUGUAGCAUCAUUUUCCAUAUCAUUCUUGUAGCCUGUCAUUUUUAAAUCCACUUUCAGAUCAGUCUCAGUCUUGUCCAGUAAAACUUGUUCCUCUUCCAUAACAUCUUUGAAACACAAUCUAUAGAGGCAGACACUCUUAAAAUUAA